CUCGAGACCAGGAAUUCCUCAGCGCUCCUCAAAUUUCCUGAAAUCACAGACCUCUCGCUCGCCUCGGUUACGGAUACAUUCUGCGCCCACCUCCUCCUCGCAACAGACGUCUGAACAGAGCCGCUUUUCAAAAUGAUGUUGCAAAGUGUCCCCUUCCUCCUAUUGCUGGCCAUAGCGCUCUGUCAAACCGAGGAGGUGCAGAGUAAGAGUAAAGUGUGUGCCAAUGUGUUUUGUGGAGCAGGAAGAGAGUGUGUCGUCACUGAGAAAGGAGAGCCCAGCUGCUUGUGUAUAGAGAGCUGUAAGCCCCACAAGCGUUCAGUGUGUGGCAGUAACAGUAAGACGUACCGCAACCACUGUGAGCUCCACCGAGAUGCCUGUCUCACCGGCCUCAAGAUCCAGGUGGCUCAUGAUGGACACUGCCAGGAGAAGAAAGCAGAGCAAGCAGCUGCCAGCCCAGUGGUGUGUUACGUAGCAGACCGUAAUGAGUUGAGGCAUCGUGUGAUCCAGUGGCUGCAGACUGAGGUGGUCCCAGACGGCUGGUUUGUCAAGGGCUCCAACUUUACCGACAUCCUGCUCAAAUACUUCAAGAACUACGACAAUGGUGACUCCACGCUGGACUCCUCAGAGCUCCUCAAGUUCAUCCAACAUAAUGACUCCAACGUGGACAUGCAGUCAUACGCAGACCAGGAGAGCAACAGGCUGCUCAGAAGCCUGUGUGUGGACGCCCUGAUCGAGCUGUCAGAUGAGAACGCUGACUGGAAGCUUAGCUUCGAUGAGUUCCUCAACUGCCUGAAGCCUGGCUUCAACCCACCCGAGAAGAAGUGUGCCCUGGAGGAUGAGACCUAUGAAGAUGGGGCUGAGACACAGGUGGAGUGUAACCGCUGUGUGUGUGCCUGUGGCAACUGGGUCUGCACUGCCAUGACCUGCGCUGACAAGACAGCGGUUGUCAAGGAGACCGGGGAGGCGGGGCAGGAGAUGACCGAGGAGGAAUGGAGUCUCCGUGUGACCGAGCUUAACAAGCACCAGGAAACAGUGGAGAAGAUGAAGGUCAGCACAAAGGAGGCUUAAGAGGCCCAAAGAAGAAGGGCUUGAGAGAGAGUGCGAGAGAGUCACUCUUCCUCUAUACUUGAUGUACCUUGAGGCCCUGUGCUAUUGCUGAAUUUACUCAUAUGUUAAAUAUCAUAGCUUUUUUUUACUGUCUUUUUGUUGAUGUUUGUUAGAUGCAAGGGCAGUCUAGAGUAUUAUUUUAGGAGUUCCUUGUGUUAAGUACUGUCUUUAUUUGUGAUUGUAUUACUGCACCCUGCACUAGGAAUGGGGCCAUUUUUUACUGUUCCAUUUUUCUUCUUCCUAUGUAUACAAUAUAGAUACAGUAUGGCUCUUGUUAGUAAAAUAGCAAGCAGUAAUUGUUUGGAAUGAGAAGGAUGAGAGAUGUUAGGAGUGAGCUGUUGUUUCUUCAUCAAAGAAACAAAAUCAUCUUGAAAGUACUUCAAGAUGUGUUAGAAGUGUAGAGCAAGACGAUGACAGUGUCCUAUUGUAGGGGAAGGUAGGGGGAUGUCAUACACUUGACUUUAAGCUUAUUUGCUUACAGAACUGCCAUGAUACUACUUGACCAAUGCACUUCCCCCUCUGUGACUAGCAGCAUAGUUUCAGGCCUUAGUGAAUCAUCCCGUUUAGUUAGUAUGCCCUGCUUUUUGACAAAUACACUUGCUCCUAUGUACAAUUUGUUAUAUGUUGGAGAUCAUGUGGUCACAAUGGCUCUUGUGCUGUAUUCAAUCAGCGCUCUCUGGUGCUUGUUUCAGAAACAUCGAAGCAAUAGUCAUCUAGAUGUGAAACCCCAAGUAGAAUAUAGAAUGAAAGCACCAAGCACAGAGCUGAACUGAGUACAGCAGGGAGAGAACUGAAACCAAAGCCUGAUGAUGACUAUGAUGAUGAAAUGAUGUACGAACCCCUCCAGGUAAAGCAUUACGCUGGACCCAGCAACAACACUAUACCUGUGCUUAUCAAAGAUCAGUUAUAAGGAUUAGCCUUGCUGUCAGCUAACAUAACUUAGAUGCAUCUCUAACUCAGAGGGAAUGCAUCUGUCAGAUAAUGUGUGUGUGUGAUGAGGGAGUGUUUUUUGAGAGUGUGAGCUACUAGUGUGUGUGUGAUGAGGGAGUGUUUUUUGAGAGAGUGUGAGCUACUAGUGUGUGUGUGAUGAGGGAGUGUUUUUUGAGAGAGUGUGAGCUACUAGUGUGUGUGUGAUGAGGGAGUGUUUUUUGAGAGAGUGUGAGCUACUAGUGUGUGUGUGAUGAGAGAGUGUGAGCUACUAGUGUGUGUGUGUGUGAUGAGAGUGUGAGCUACUAGUGUGUGUGUGAUGAGAGAGUGUGAGCUACUAGUGUGUGUGUGAUGAGAGAGUGUGAGCUACUAGUGUGUGUGUGAUGAGAGAGUGUGAGCUACUAGUGUGUGUGUGAUGAGAGAGUGUGAGCUACUAGUGUGUGUGUGAUGAGAGAGUGUGAGCUACUAGUGUGUGUGUGAUGAGAGAGUGUGAGCUACGAGUGUGUGUGUGAUGAGAGAGUGUGAGCUACUAGUGUGUGUGUGAUGAGGGAGUGUGAGCUACUAGUGUGUGGUGGUGAGUGUCAUAUUUGUUUUAUGUUUUAUUUGUCAAAAUCCCACUCAUCCUGAGAAUUAUUUGUGGUUAAAUCAGUGCCUUUAACACCCAAACUUAGGCCUGCAGACACACUGUCGAGGUCUUGUGUCCAGCAAGCUUUAAACCACAAUUGGAAUGGGCAAGACUAUAAUUGGCAGAAUUUUUAUAGUAACCUUAGAGCUAUGUGGUUUAGUCCUUGUUAAAUGUUUGUGUAAAAGUUCCAUAACUAGUUUGGUUAAUAACUUUUUUAUUCUAAAAGGAAUGCAGAGUGUAUAAGGAGUAUAUAUGCCAAUAAAAGACAACCCAUACAGUACUACAAA